AUGAAUUUGAGCUUAGUUAGACUAGCUUUCAGAAGAAGAAAGGGGAGGUUGGUCCUGCUCAGGAAGGAGGGGCGCCCCACGGACUCACCGUCCGCAUACCGGCCCAUAGUGCUGUGCGAGGAAGCGGGAAAACUUCUUCAGCGUACCAUCGCAGAUCACCUCGUCCACCACUUGUGCAGAAAGGGGCCGGACCUGUACGUGAACCAGUUUGGUUAUCGUCACGGGCGCUCCACCAUAGACGCUAUUACGUGCGUGAGGGCUCUGGCGGAGGAGACAGUGUCCCAGGAUGUUGUGGUGCUGGCGGUAUCUUUAAACAUCUCCAACGCCUUCAACACCCUACACUGGAGGCGCUGA